CGAGCCGAUGCAGGCUGUGUGAUAGGGGGAGCGCGCUGAUCUCUGCUCUGGACUACUCUGCCCCCCCCACCCCAUCUGGACCCCCCUGGACCCGUCCGGACCUGCGCGUGAGCUGCAGAAGAAAGGAGGCAGCGCGCGGGACCGUGGAUUUAGAGCUGCGCGUGCACCGUCCAGUCAUGAUGCUCCUUUGAAGAAGACUCUUCAUCAGACCUGCAGCCAACCUUCUCCUCCCUCCUCCCCUCCUCUCUUUCCACCAUGCUUCCCUCUGCCUCUCCGCUCCACCUCUUCCUCCUCCUUUCCCUUAUCCUCCUCUCCUCCCCCCUCCUCUCUGCCCCGGCUGCAUCUCCCUCCCCCGCCGUGGCGUCGGACAGGGUGGUGUACCGGGCCUUUGACUCCUCCCUCACCCACCUGACUGUCCAUCGGAGGACAGGUGAGGUGUUCGUGGGUGCCGUCAACCGAGUCCUGAAGCUCUCGGCCAAUCUGACGGAGCUAAGGAGUCACACGACUGGACCAGUCGAGGACAACGCCAAGUGUUACCCCCCCCCCACAGUUAGGGCCUGUGCUCACAAGCUGGACUCGUCCGAUAACGUCAACAAGCUCUUACUGGUGGAUUAUACUGGGAACCGACUGGUGGCGUGCGGCUCGAUCUGGCAGGGCGUCUGUCAGUUCCUCCGGCUGGAGGACCUCUUCAAGCUGGGGGAGCCUCACCACCGCAAAGAGCACUACCUGUCUGGAGCCAGAGAGGCUGAUGGGAUGGCAGGCGUGGUAGUUGGCGAGGACGACUGGGCGGCUGACCCGAAGAGGAAGAGGCCAGCGAAGGGCGGUAGCCGCCUCUUCAUCGGCGCCGCCAUCGACGGAAAGUCGGAGUACUUCCCCACGCUGUCCAGCAGGAAGCUGGUGGCGGACGAGGAGAGCGUCAAUAUGUUCUCGCUGGUCUACCAGGACGAGUUUGUCUCCUCGCAAAUCAAGAUCCCCUCGGACACGCUGUCCCUCUACCCCGCCUUCGACAUCUACUACGUCUACGGCUUCUCCAGCCGCACCUACGUCUACUUCCUCACGCUGCAGCUGGACACGCAGCUCACGCAGAUGGACGCCGGCGGAGAGAAGUUCUUCACCUCUAAGAUUGUUCGCAUGUGCUCCAACGACACAGAGUUCUACUCCUAUGUGGAGUUCCCUCUGGGCUGCACCAAGGACGGGGUGGAGUACCGCCUGGUGCAGGCCGCCUUCAGGCAGAAACCAGGGCGCCGCCUGGCCCAGGCCCUGGGCCUCUCUGAGGAGGACGACGUCCUGUUCGUCGUCUUCUCCCAGGGUCAGAAGAACCGGUCCAACCCGCCCAGGGAGACAGUCCUGUGCCUCUUCACCCUGCAGCACAUCAACCUGGCCAUGAGGGAGAGGAUCCGCUCCUGUUACCGGGGCGAGGGCCGACUCUCGUUGCCGUGGUUACUCAAUAAGGAGCUCCCCUGCAUCCACACGCCGAAGCAGAUCGGGGAUGAUUUCUGCGGGCUGGUCCUGAACCAGCCUCUGGGGGGGCUGCGGGUCAUCGAGGGUAGCCCGCUCUACGAGGACCGGACGGAGGGCAUGGGCGCCGUGGCGGCCUACACCUACGGCGAGCACACGGUGGUGUUUGUGGGAACGCGCAGCGGACAGCUGAAGAAGAUCCGUGUGGAUGGGAUUACCCCGCCGGCCCAGAAUGCAUUGCUGUACGAGACGGUCAUGGUGGUGGAAGGGAAGCCGAUCCUGAGAGACAUGGUUUUCAGUCCAGACCACCAGUACAUCUACCUGCUGAGUGACAGACAGGUGAGCCGGCUGCCGGUGGAGAGCUGUGAGCAGUACAGCAGCUGCUCGGCCUGCCUGGGGUCCGGAGACCCCCACUGUGGCUGGUGUGUCCUUUUCAACAAGUGCUCCAGACAGGAAGCAUGUGACAAGUGGGAGGAGCCUCAGCACUUCAACACCCGGCUGGAACAGUGCGUCGACAUCACCGUUACCCCGAGCAACAUGUCUGUUACUUCCCCGCAAACACAGUUGACCCUCUGGGUGAGGAACGUCCCGGCCUUGUUGGGGGGCGUGUCCUGUGUCUUUGAGGAGCUGAGUGAGACCCCCGGAGAGGUGCAGGCCAAAGGUCAGGUGAUGUGUAUGUCACCGUCACUGAGAGACCUGCCCACACACACACACUCCUACGGAGAGAAGCGAGUGGUCCAUCUCAGUCUGCGCUCCACUGAGACGGGACUUCAGUUCAUCAACACCAACUUCAUCUUCUACAACUGCUCUGUGCUCAACUCGUGUACUUCCUGUGUCAGCAGCGUGUUCCCGUGUCAUUGGUGUAAAUAUCGUCACGUCUGCACCAACAACCUGCAGGACUGUUCCUUCCAGGAGGGACGGGUCAGCAGCAUGGAGGGCUGCCCUCAGAUCCUCCCCACCUCCGACAUCCUGGUCCCGGCCGGGAUGGUUCGACCAAUCACGCUGCGGGCCCGAAACCUCCCUCAGCCACAGUCGGGUCAGAAGAACUACGAGUGCGUCUUCCACAUCCAGGGGAAGGUGCAGCGCAUCCCGGCGGUCCGCUUCAACUCGUCCUGCAUCCAGUGCCAGAACACCUCGUACUGGUACGAAGGGGACGAGGCUGGAGACCUCCCAGUGGACUUCUCCAUCGUGUGGGACGGAGACUUCUUCAUCGACAAGCCUUCAUCUAUGAAAGCCCUGCUGUACAAGUGUGAGGCUCAGCGCUCCAGCUGUGGUCAGUGUCUCAAAGCUCCCACGGCCUUUGAAUGCGGCUGGUGCUCUGACAGCAGGCGGUGUCUCCUGAGGACACACUGUCCCUCGGCCGAGCAGAACUGGAUGCACCACGGCCGACACAACCUGCGCUGCAGCCACCCGCGCAUCACCAGGAUUGACCCUCUGACCGGCCCCCGGGAGGGGGGCACGCGGGUGACCAUCGAGGGAGAGAACCUGGGUCUGCAGGUGAAGGAGAUCGCUCACGUCCAGGUGGCCGGCGUCCGCUGCAACCCCGUCCCCGCCCAGUACAUCAGCGCCGAGAGGAUAGUGUGUGACAUGGCUGAGGCCCUCCUUCCUCACUCUCCUGGAGGUCCGGUGGAACUUUGUAUCGGCGUCUGCAGCUCCGAGUACAGAACUCUGUCCACUCAGACGUACUCCUUCGUGAGCCCGGUCUUCACUCGGGUCCUCCCCGAGAGGGGCCCCGUCUCCGGGGGAACCAGGCUGGCGGUGACAGGCCGUAACCUUGACGCUGGCAGCUCGGUGACGGUGUUUAUCGAUAAGGAGGAGUGUCUCUUUGUCAAACGGACCAAUCGGGAGAUCAUCUGCAUAACUCCCGCCUCCCUGUCGGGCCCUGGCCCCGCCCCCAUCCGCCUGAUGAUUGACAGGGCCGAGGUGACGAGCACGGAGACGAAGUACGUCUUCACCGAGGACCCAACGGUCUCCAGCAUCGAGCCCAACUGGACCAUCCUCAAUGGCAGCACGGUGAUAACAGUGACAGGAACCAACCUGAGGACCAUCCAGGAGCCCAAAGUCAGAGCCAAGUACAGAGGCGUGGAAACCAGCAACUUCUGUUCCGCCCUGAACGACACCACCAUGACGUGUUUGGCUCCCGGUCUGAUAUAUGGCAAACCCGACCCACCAGAGGGGGCGCUGCACCCCGAUGAGUUCGGCUUCAUCUUUGACCAGGUCUCCUCUCUGCUGGUCCUGAACUCCACCUCCUUCACUCACUACCCCAACCCCACCUUUGACCCCCUGGGGAGCUCUGGCAUCCUGGAGGUAAAACCGGGGUCGCCAAUCAUCCUCAAGGGGAAGAACCUGGUCCCUGUUGCCCCUGGCAACAACCGGCUGAACUACACCGUGCUCAUCGGGGAGUCUCCGUGUCUCCUCACCGUGUCGGAGAACCAGCUGCUCUGUGAUUCGCCAGAUCUCACCGGAGAACAGCGAGUCCUGAUCCUGGUGGGGGGUCUGGAGUACUCCCCGGGCACGCUCCAUAUCUACUCGGACAGCGCGCUGACGCUGCCCGCCAUCAUCGGCAUCGGGGCGGGCGGCGGCGUGCUGCUCAUCGCCAUCAUUGCUGUGCUCAUUGCCUACAAGAGGAAGACCCGCGACGCCGACCGCACGCUCAAACGCCUCCAGCUGCAGAUGGACAACCUGGAGAGCCGCGUGGCGCUGGAGUGCAAGGAGGCCUUCGCCGAGCUGCAGACGGAUAUCCAGGAGCUGACCAACGACAUGGACGGGGUGAAGAUCCCGUUCCUGGAGUACCGGACCUACACCAUGAGGGUCAUGUUCCCGGGGAUCGAGGAGCACCCGGUGCUGAAGGAGCUGGAUUCUCCAGCCAACGUGGAGAAGGCUCUGCGUCUCUUCAGCCAGCUGCUCAACAACAAGAUGUUCCUGCUGACCUUCAUCCACACGCUGGAGGCUCAGAGGUCGUUCUCCAUGAGGGACCGCGGCAACGUGGCCUCACUGCUGAUGGCCGCUCUGCAGGGUCGGAUGGAAUACGCCACAGUGGUGUUAAAACAGCUGCUGGCCGACCUGAUCGAGAAGAACCUGGAGAACCGAAACCAUCCCAAGCUCCUGUUGAGGAGGACGGAAUCCGUGGCUGAGAAGAUGCUGACCAACUGGUUCACCUUCCUGCUGCAUCGCUUCCUCAAGGAGUGUGCGGGCGAGCCUCUCUUCAUGCUGUAUUGUGCCAUAAAGCAGCAGAUGGAAAAAGGUCCCAUCGACGCGAUCACAGGAGAAGCUCGUUAUUCUCUAAGUGAAGACAAACUGAUCAGACAGCAGAUCGACUACAAGCAGCAGACCCUGAUGUGCAUCCCUCCGGAGGGCGAGGCGGUGACUGAGGUCCCGGUAAAGGUGUUGAACUGUGACACAGUGACCCAGGUGAAGGACAAGCUGCUCGACGCAGUCUACAAAGGCAUCCCCUUCUCUCAGAGGCCUCAGGCCGACGACAUGGACCUCGAGUGGCGUCAGGGUCGACUGACCAGGAUCAUCCUGCAGGACGAAGACGUGACGACAAAGAUAGAGAGCGACUGGAAGAGGCUCAACACACUGGCCCACUACCAGGUAACAGACGGCUCUGUGGUGGCGCUGGUCCAGAAGCAGGUGUCUGCCUACAACAUUGCCAACUCUUUCACCUUUACCAGAUCUCUGAGCAGAUACGGUACACACACACACACACACACGAACACACACACAAUACACACUUCCAGUCAGGUAACAUUUGUCUCUUCUUCAGAGUCGUUACUUAGAACGUCCAGCAGUCCUGAUAGUCUGCGAUCCAGAGCUCCUAUGAUCACCCCGGACCAGGAGACAGGUACUAAACUGUGGCACCUGGUGAAGAACCACGAGCACAGUGACCAGAGAGAAGGAGACCGAGGCAGCAAGAUGGUUUCUGAGAUCUACCUGACCAGGCUGCUGGCUACCAAGGGGACGCUGCAGAAGUUUGUGGACGACCUGUUUGAGACAGUGUUCAGCACUGCCCACCGGGGCUCCGCUCUCCCAUUGGCUAUCAAGUACAUGUUUGACUUCCUGGAUGAGCAGGCCGACAAGCGACAGAUCAGUGACCCGGAUGUCCGACACACUUGGAAAAGCAACUGCCUUCCUCUCAGGUUCUGGGUGAACGUCAUUAAGAAUCCUCAGUUUGUGUUUGACAUCCACAAGAGCAGCAUCACCGACGCCUGUCUGUCGGUGGUCGCACAGACCUUCAUGGACUCCUGCUCCACUUCCGAACACCGGCUCGGCAAAGACUCCCCGUCCAACAAGCUGCUCUACGCUAAAGACAUUCCCAACUACAAGAACUGGGUGGAGAGGUACUACAGGGACAUUACGAAGAUGCCCAGUAUCAGUGAUCAGGACAUGGACGCCUACCUGGUGGAACAGUCCCGUCUACAUGGCACUGAGUUCAACACACUGAGCGCGCUUAGUGAGCUCUACUUCUACAUCAACAAGUACAAGGAAGAGAUCCUGACGGCGUUGGACCGCGACGGCUACUGUCGAAAACACAAACUGAGGCACAAACUGGAGCAAGCCAUCAACCUGAUGUCUGGGAGCAGCUGAGACGACGGGGUGGGGACAUAUUGACCGAUGGACCAAUGGAGG